UUACAUUACUUAAAUAAACAUAUAGAAAAAUUUGUAUAAUGUCAAAAUUAGAGCAAAUGAAUUUGAUGCUUAGAAAAUCCGUGUACAUGACUGUGUCCCACUUGCGAGAUAUACUGAUACUUCCUCUUGACACACUAGUAUUGGUGACAACAACAAUUUUGCUGAAGAUAUUUCAAAAAGUUUUCCUCUGUUUCAUCGGAGUAUAUAAGGAUGUGGACACAGCACUCCGAGAAGCAGAGGGAAUCGUGCGAAGCGUUUGGAAUGCCUGCAUUAAAUUGUUUGUUGUCCUACUAGACGAUUUUUUCAUUGUAUCGAGAGCUGAAUUCGGAUAUGUGGACAUACAUGUGUCAAAUCAUUGUGUAUAACGUGGCGUAUACUUAUUUGUAUCCUCAUUGUGUAUUGCCAGCAAAUAAUAAAGGGUUUCACAAUUCCUUAUUGGGAUAACAAACGCAA